AAAAGCCGGGACUGAAAAAGUAGGUUUUGCGUGCGGUGUUUGGCGAAAUUAUGAGCGAACGCGGUGAUUUGUGACCGGGAUUUUUUUUCGUUUCGUUUUUACGUUUUUUCGAAAUUUCCCUCUCCAAUUUCUGGCAAGCUUGUUUGACGCGUUUUUUUUUUUUUGGAAUUUUCAAGUUCACAUCUUAACAUGAUGGCUGCCGGUAUUGGUCUGUGCGGUAUGUGUUGCAGACCAAUCAACGACCGCUUCCUACUGCGCAUCAUGGACUUGUCCUACCACGAACAAUGCGUCCAGUGCUGCGCGUGCGGCGACCGACUACACCACACCUGUUUCGUAAAAGAUUCGAAACUCUACUGUCGUCUGGACUACGAUAGAUUAUUCGUGAAAAAAUGCUUGGGUUGCUCAGAAAGAGUUUCUCCUGAAGAAUUAGUAAUGAGAGCCAGCGACAAUAUUUUCCAUCUGAGAUGCUUCGUGUGUGUCGUUUGCGGCAUCAGACUUCAAAAAGGCGAUCUUUACGUCAUCAAACAGGGCCAGCUAUUUUGCCGGAUCGAUUAUGAAAAAGAAGUCGAGAUGAUGCAAGGAUUUGGAUACGGUGAAUUCAUUUGCGAUGAUCUGAUCCAAUCUAGUAGAUCUCAUGAUGGUAGAAGAGGUCCGAAACGUCCAAGAACCAUCCUCACCACUCAACAACGCAGAGCGUUCAAGGCCUCAUUUGAAGUAAGUCCAAAACCUUGCCGAAAAGUAAGGGAGACUCUGGCCAAAGAUACCGGACUCAGUGUAAGAAUAGUGCAGGUUUGGUUCCAAAAUCAACGAGCCAAAAUGAAGAAGAUUCAAAAGAAAGCUAGAGAUAAUAAUAAUAAAACAGGAGGAAAGGAAUCGGAAGGUGAUAAUAAGGAGAAGUUUAGUGUAAAAGAGGAAGAACCAAGCCCCCACUCUACUCCAUUCUUCAACGACAGCUGCAGCGACACUGAAACAACUGCAGGCGAAGAAAACAUCCUUCAAACCCAAGAAAACCCCCAUUUUCCGCACAUAAAAGAAGAAAUUGAAAGCGAUGCUUUCUUUUACAAGAGCAACAACAACUUACCUUCGUUACAUUCAUUUUCCGGUUUGGAUCUUAAACGACGAGACGAAACUUACUUGGGGCUCACCUUUCCUAAUGCAAUAGAUAAUUCUUCUGGGAUGUUUUUGCAGCCUCCGGCGGCUCAUCAGAAUCCGCCACACACUCAACCGGGCCUCAAUCCCAUUGACAGGCUUUAUUCUAUGCAAAAUUCGUAUUUUUGUGGAGAGGAUUCGGCAGGGGAGCCCUGAAAAGAGGCGUUGGGGGAGUUGGUGAGGAGGCAUUUGGAGAUGUUUGCCAGGUUUUCUGGAAAUGUGGAGAAAAAGUGAUUUGGUGUAAAUUGUUGUAUAUUAUUAUGGAUGAAUUUUUUUGUUGAUUUUGAGCUUAUAAUGUGUAAUGCUAUAGAGUUUUCGUUAUAAUAAUUAUUGUUAAUUGCUUGAUACUUUUGGUUAAUAAAAAUUAUAAGACUGAA